AUGGCAAGAUCUACCAACGACCACAACGACCACAACAACCCCACCAACACUGCUAGUAUUACUACUAGUACUGGUACCAGUACUCCCCCCACGGAGUAUCCGUCCAACAAAGCCCAAAUCUAUUCGGUUCAAAAUGACAAGGACGAUUACUACAAUGAAAAGGAUCAUCCCGUAGAUGACGUCGACUAUCGAUCGCAAGGAGGACCUCGAUUGACAUAUCUCUAUUCGUCGCAUCCUCUCACGGGUCAAUCGCUCUAUUUGGGAGCCGAAUUUGGAUCCGAUGGUCGCAUUUACUGUAUUCCAGGACACGCGCAUCGUGUCUUGGUCAUUGAUCCUACCAACGAUCAAGAUAAAGUGUUUCCGAUGGGACCCUCGUUUCCGGGCAAAUACAAGUGGCUCCGCGGCAUUGUCGUGGGAGAUGUCAUUUACGGAUUGCCCUGCAAUCGAGGAACGGUAUUGCGGAUUCAUGUCCCCACACAGCAAGUGACCGAACUACCAUUGCCGUAUGACACGUUUUAUUCGAGCCAAAAUGGCUACGCCGCAAAAACGGCACACGAACAACGGCACAUGCUCUGGAAAUACCACGGUGGCGCCGUCAGUCCCCACGAUGGAUGCAUUUACGUCAUUCCACAAUCUGCCUGGCAUGUUCUCCGCAUUGAUCCUACCACCGACGAAUGUCAAUUUGUCGGGCCUACAUUAGAGGGCAAAUACAAAUUUUAUGGAGGCAUCGUCGGGAAAACAGAUGGCGCCAUUUAUGGCAUUCCUCACAAUGCCGCGCAUGUCUUGCGCAUAUUAAAUGCCGACCAUAUUACGACCCAUGGAGAUUUGGGAACACAAGGACACAAAUGGCAUGGUGCCGCGGCCGCCGCCAAUGGCAUUAUUGUCUCGGUACCGGCCAAUGCCGAUACCGUCCUCUGUAUUCAACCGGGAGAUACACCCACGUUGUUUCAACUGGGAUCGUCCGACGUGCUUCAAACGGGACGACAUCGCACCGAUCACAAAUACAAGUAUUUGGGGGCAUUGGCCGGACCCGAUGGACAUGUCUAUUGUUUUCCAUCCGGGAGUGAACACGUCUUGCAAAUAAACACACAAACCCAAACGGUUCAAACAGUCGGACCCAAUCUCUACGACACGCAUAUGGAACGCAUUUGUCAAAACAAAUGGCAAAAUGGAGUCAUGUGUCAUCCAGAUCAAUCCGUCUAUGGGAUUCCACUCUCGGGAGAAUCCGUGCUGCGAAUUGAUUGUUCUUCACACGAUGCAUGUAAUAACAGAGUGACGACGUGGAAAUUACCACGGCCCUUUCGACUCAUGUCCAAAUACGAAGGGGGUGUCGUCGACCCCAAAACGGGAAUCAUGUACACGGUACCCAACAAUCACAAGGCCGUAUUGAGGAUAAUACCGCCACUGACCAACAACAAUAACAGCGCGAUGGAUGGUUCUACAACAGCGCCCUCGUCGGGUGCAGAUACUCUAGGCAACAAUCCAUCCAAGGAUACAACAGCCACUCAUGCUGGAGACUCCUCCACCAAUAACAAUAACAACGACAAACCACGCACAUGCACUUCCGUGGAACAAGUCAAGGCAUUGACACAAAUUACCGAUGGCGACAAUGAGGAUUUGUCAGACGUCAAGUAUCGAUCGGGAAUUGCCACACUACGGUCGUCCGCGCAUCGAGUCAAGGCCAAUCCUAAACAUCGCAAACAAAAUCCUAAUCCAAAAGACAAAAAGGGACAGAACACCAACACUACCUUCUUGCCGGAUUCCAUGUGCCAGGAAGUAGUCUUUCGCUACAAUGAACAAACCUACAAUCUGCGCCAAGCAUUCACCGAAUUGUUGAAACGAUUGGAUCCUGACAUGGUGGGAUCCUUUCGUAAUGACAAUGACAAUAAUAGUCUGGAAGACUUUGUCCUGCCACCCAACACGUUGCAUCGAAAAGUCAACGGGGGGUGCUGCGAAUCGGCACAAGCGUACAUGUCGGAUGCCGUGGCAGCGGAUGCCAACUUUUUGGAGAUUUUUGACAGACUGGUCGAAGAAGUGGUACUGCCGCAUGUCAAGCAGCGACUCGUGGCGGCGGGGGCGGCAAAGCAAGACACGCCAUUGAGCUUUUACAUUCAACGACCGCCCACACUGAGGAUUCAACCCGGACCGGGACGUGCGGGUGUCAAACCACACCACGAUGGCGAGUACGGACAUCAGAAUGGCGAACUGAAUUUCUGGCUCCCACUGACGGAUCGCAACUUGAAUCAAGUAGAUUUGUUUUGCGAAUCCAAAUUUCAAAAGGGGGAUUUUCGUGCCAUUUUGUGUCACCGGGGAGAGAUCAUCUCGUUCCAUGGAUCUUCCUGUCGUCACUUUGUCAAUCGAAAUGACAGCGACAAGACACGCGUCUCGAUGGAUUUCCGGAUUGGAGUGGAAGGAUUCUUUGAUCCUUACUGGCAAAUGAGCGGGACCACGGAUGAUCACGGGAGGAGGGAGGUUAGGAUAUAG